AUGACUGAAGAAAUUGAUAUUUAUGCUAACAAAUUAAAAUUCAAAUUAAAAGAUGCUUAUUACAAGUUAAACAAAGAUGUCAAUGUCAAUUCCCUUAAUUCCCUUAAUUCAUCAACCAAAUUAAUCAUUACACCCUUAUCAUCUAAGAAUUUAAAAAUCUUACAUUCUAAGAAUUUGAAUAGAAUGAAAAGAUUACCAUUAAAAUCAUCACCAUUAAGAUCCAAAAAUUUCAGUAAUUCUAUCAAUAUCAACUUGGGAAAGAUUUCCAAACCAAAGAAUUUGAAGUUAUUUUCCAUAAAGAAAGAUUCCCAAUUUUAUAAUAAUUCAUUAAAUUCUGUAUCGAAGAAUUUACCUUUAAUACCAACUAAUUCUUUCACUACGUCAUUUAACUCCACAUCAUUCAAUAGUUUCAAUUCAAAUGUAAAUAAUACUAGUUUAAAGGAAGAGUUACCACCAAUCAACAAGAUUUUAAAGACUCCUUUAAAAUUAUCCAAAUCUCCACUUAAGGAUUUCACACCAAAUUCUUUGAAUGUGGCAAAGAGUUUAUUACAAUUAGGUAGUGGUUAUUAUUAA